AUGAACGUGAAUAGAGAAAAGGUUCAGCCCGCUGAUAUAUCCUUACCAUCAGCGGCGGUGGCAGAUCCGAUGUCUUGUACCAUCCACACUGAAGCCAUGGAUGUGAGUGGGGAGCAGAGGCUCCCCGGCAAUGAUCUGGCUGCUUUCUCCUGCCCGGCCAGCCGGGAGAGACAAGGGGACACACAGGGCAUUGCUGGCCAAGAGGCAGUGGUCGUGGUCCCAGCUCCUACCAGCAACAACAGGACCACCUCUUUCUCGGUCUUGGACAUUCUGGAUCCCAACAAGUUUAACAGCAGCAAGCGGCGGCAGUGCAGCAUUCUGUACAGAGCCGGCGGCGAGUACACAGUGGCAGCGGCGGGGGAAAGGGCUGCAAACGCUUUUUGUGAAAUUGCAGAUCGGAAAACGAUAAACGAUAGCGGGUUGGACACAUGCAAGAAGGCAGCUGAUAUCAUCAGUAAGUAUCGGCGACCAGCGCGCUGUCUUGAAAGACCCGCGCCCAGAAGUCUUGGUGUAAGUUUGACGCGCUGGUUAAAAAUAAAAGAUGCUUUGGGCAAACCACGAUUAGUCUUUGAAGUCCUGUACAAAAAUGGUUGGUGUCUAAUGGUCUACUUUAUUUACUCCCCACACCCACCCACCCCACUAUCACCAUCCCACGAAGAAGAUGGAGAUUUCCUUGACAGUUACAAAGCUGAGCAACGCGAGAAAGACUUCUGCCGGACCUUAGAAUCGGAACACGACAGCAACGAGACGUCGAGGCAGGAGGACGCCGAGGAGCUGAGUGAAGAUAGCGGGGCGGGGAGGAGAGCAGGAGGAACACCAGGGGGAGGAGGAGGUGGCACUCUGGUCUCUCCAGGGGAGAGGAUGCCCGGGGUCGAGGGAGAGGAGGACGAGGAGGACGAGGAGGAGGAAGAAGAGGAAGACGAAGGUGCUGCGGGAGGCCGAGAAAGCCUGAGCCCUCGCAGCCCUCAGAGCCAGCAGGUGCAGCAGUCCCAACCCCAACCUCAGCAGCAGAGCCAGGCUCAGCAGCACAAGAGCAAGAGGAAACGCAGCGGCUCGGACGCCAAGUCGGGCAAACCCCGGCGGGCCCGCACUGCCUUCACCUACGAGCAGCUGGUGGCGCUGGAGAACAAGUUCAAGUCGACCCGCUACCUGUCGGUGUGCGAGCGCCUGAACCUAGCGCUGUCCCUCAGCCUCACCGAGACCCAGGUCAAGAUCUGGUUCCAGAACCGCAGGACCAAGUGGAAGAAGCAGAACCCCGGGGCGGACACCAGCGCUCCCACCGGGGGAGGAGGAGGCGCAGGGGGCGGAGGAGCAGGUGGUGGCGGUGGAGGGGCAGGGGCAGGGACGGGCUUGGGGGGACCAUCGGGGGGCCACCUGGGUGGCCUCAGCCCCAUGAGCUCCUCCUCUCCGGUGACCGGGCCACUCUCCAUGCACUCGGCUUACUCAAACCCCGGCGGGCUGGUGUGCGCCGCACAGUUGCCCUUCCUGCCCUCUCCGGCAGCCGUGCUCUCCCCUUUUAUGCUCAGCUCGCAGACUUACGGGGCUCCGGCUUUCUACGCGCCACACUUACAAUGA